UGCAACAAUACAAACAGAAUAUACCGACUUGGAAGUCAAUUGCGAGAAGCUAUUCGCUACUUACGACUAUAAUCAAACAAUCACUGUCUACCUGGAUCUCUACUAUCGCUGAUUUCUCCCAAUUAACCCUCGCGCACUCAUCGCACCCGAAUCAUUCACAAUGGAACCAAUGGACUCAACUCUAGACAAAACGACACUCUCCACCAUAUCCCUCCUCGAAGCGCGCCUCCUCCGCAUCGAACAUGUUCUAUACGGCCACACAGCCCAACAACCCAAAGUAUCAGCAAUCCGAAGUAUGCAAGAGCUCGAGCACCGCUUCAGCGUCCUCCUCCAACGAAUGCGCGUAUACGCCGAACUCCUCAAGCUCUAUAAAUCCCAACCAACCCUCUUCCAACCCCCACCCCCCUCCAUCCCGCCCUCCUCCCUCUCCACCGACGCUCUCCGUGCCAUUGUCCUCAGCGCCGCGGCUUCGUACCCAGCCACCGCAUCGGCACUAACAUCCAUCUCCGACACGCCGAUCCCGGACCCGGCGCACACGGCACUGCUCGCGGCGCUGCUGCCUCGUAUGCGCGGAGUGGAGGCCACGCAGGCCGCGCAGGAGGUGGAGAUCGCGGAGCUGAGGGCUAGGAGCGAGGCUGUGGUAAGAAAGUGGUAUGAGGGCGAUGUGCUUAGGUAUGCGGAGUUUGUUGCUACUGUGGAGGGGAGAGUGGAGAGGGCGGAACGGGGGGUUAGGAGGGUUGAGAGGGUUAGGGGGGAGGUUUGAGGAUGGGAUGGGGGAGUUUGGUGUUCGGUCUACGGCGGUAUAAUCAUUUGUCUGUGACGAUGCUGCAUAGUGUCGUUCUAGACUGCGGAUUUGUCGGGCUUGGGAUACAAGCUCACAAAAUCGGCUUAUGUUUCAAGAGUCUACGAAUAAUCACGAUGAUAUCAACUUGGUAGGGUGGAUUUUGGAGAUAUGCUCCCCGCCUUCGCUGUUGACAAUCGCCGGAUGAAAAUCUCCGGGUCAGAUAGGUUGGGACCAACCACCUGGGUCACUUGCCACAAGCAUAUUUACCAACUCGGAGAUGGUGCCACGAGAUUCGAGUGGAUUUGUUGAGGAUUCACGACAUAGCUCCGCUCAUCUCAUAGGAGAUGCACAUGUUAGGGAUCAUGGAUUAACGAAUCACGAUUUCGGUAGUUGAGCCCAUGUUUAGAUUACAUAUCACCUUAAUAUCAUGUGGUUUCCAAGCCGAUGAAUACAAACACGUUCCGAAUUCCGACUUGAUAGCUCGAGACCACGUGAACAAGGGACAUGGUAGUCAGAAAUGGCAAUUAGCUCGGCCUUGAACUGGUAUGGGUUCCUUGGCGAGAGAACAAACAGCUGGC